AUGUUUGCCGUGCCUGCCCUCCCAGCUCUGGAACCUCUUAUCUCUUUUCAAGAGUACAGUCAAAUGAAACGCAAGCUCGGAAGUUUCAAUAGAUUCAAGGAGCAUCCACGAGCAUCCCUACCAGAGCUCAAAACAUAUGUGGACCACAUUGACUUCCUGCUAGGAUUAGCCGAUACGUGCCGGAGAUUGCUAGCGACUAAGGAAAACUUGGAGUACCUCAAGGAGAUAAGAAGAAAACUGAAAGUGUUUGAAAAUGUGAUGAUUCAAGUUGUGUUGAGAGGCGAAAGGCUGGAGGACGUGUUGAAGAAUCAAGAAAAAUAA